AUGGGCAAGAAAGGCGGUUGGGAAGUUAACAGCAAGAAGGCUGCCGGCCAAGCUCGCAAGGCAGAAGCCGCAGCGAGGAAAGCUGCUGAGGCCGAGGCUGCGAGAGAAGCGGCCGAGGCGGCGAAGUGGGAAGAAGGAGCCAAAAAGAAUUCCAAGAAGGAGCUCGAAGCCCAGAAAAAGGCCGAGCAGGCCCGCCGGAAGGCCGAAAAGGAGGCUUUGCUGGCAGCGGAAGAGGCUGCGAUUGGAGGUCGUGCAACGCUUAAGAACUCCAAGCAUGCCAUUAAGAAGACGAGAGGGCUGGAUCUCUCGCAGCUGGAUGAUAACCGCAGCAAUAAGGUUUUGCCGGCUCUCAAUGCGUCAGGCAUCGACAAUGCGCUGGACGCGCUGUCACUGGCAACGGAUAAGGACGCUGAGAAGAUCGAUCGGCACCCUGAAAGGCGGUUUGCUGCAGCGUAUGCGAAGUUCGAGGCCAGGCGGCUUGCCGAGAUGGAUGCCGACGGCUCUGGGGCUGGCCUGCGCCUGAACCAGAAGAAGGAGCGCAUCAGGAAGGAGUUCGAGAAGAGCCCGGAGAACCCUUUCAACCAGCUCACUGCACGGUACAAUGCUACUAAGGAGGAGCUGGCUGAGCUGCGCGAACAGGAGAAGAAGAAGAUCGAAGCCCGGCUUGCGUCAUGA